UCCCUCUGCGGCGGGGGCGGCCCCAGCGGAUGAAUGAAGCGGCGCGUGGCUGCCGGGGAGGCCAGAGCGUGGAGCGCCGCGCUGCGCGGCGGCCGGGCCCUCGAGACGGGGACGGACACGCCAGCCCCUUGGAUACCACUUGGCCACUCCCACUGCGUGGCUGAAGCCUUGAGGUCACCAGGCGGAGGCGCGGAGAUGCCCCUGCAUCAGUUGGGGGACAAGCCACUCACCUUCCCCAGCCCCAAUUCAGCCAUGGAAAAUGGGCUUGACCACACCCCACCCAGCAGGAGGGCAUCCCCAGGCACACCCCUGAGUCCCGGCUCCCUGUGCUCCGCUGCCCACAGCCCCCUGGACACCAGCAAACAGCCCCUCUGGCAGCUCUGGGCUGAGAAGCGUGGCGCCCGGGGGACCCACGAGGUGCGGCACGUCUCGCCCGGGCAGAGCGUGGCGUGCGGCUGGUGGUCCUUCGCACCCCCGUGCCUGCAGGUCCUCAACACGCCCAAGGGCGUCCUGUUCUUCCUGUGUGCGGCCGCGUUCCUGCAGGGGAUGACUGUGAAUGGCUUCAUCAACACAGUCAUCACCUCCCUGGAACGCCGCUAUGACCUGCACAGCUACCAGAGCGGGCUCAUCGCCAGCUCCUACGACAUCGCCGCCUGCCUCUGCCUCACCUUCGUCAGCUACUUCGGGGGCUCAGGGCACAAACCGCGCUGGCUGGGCUGGGGUGUGCUGCUUAUGGGCACGGGGUCGCUGGUGUUCGCGCUGCCCCACUUCACGGCUGGCCGCUAUGAGGUGGAGGUGGACGCGGGUGUCAGGACGUGCCCUGCCAACCCCAGCGCGGCGUGUGGGGACAGCACCUCGGGCCUGUCCCGCUACCAGCUGGUCUUCAUGCUGGGCCAGUUCCUGCAUGGCGUGGGUGCCACACCCCUCUACACGCUGGGCGUCACCUACCUGGAUGAGAACGUCAAGUCCAGCUACUCGCCCGUCUACAUUGCCAUCUUCUACACCGCGGCUAUCCUGGGCCCCGCUGCCGGCUACCUGAUCGGAGGUGCCCUGCUGAACAUCUACACGGAAAUGGGCCGACGGACGGAGCUGACCACCGAGAGCCCACUGUGGGUCGGUGCCUGGUGGGUCGGCUUCCUGGGCUCUGGGGCCGCUGCCUUCUUCACCGCCGUUCCCAUCCUUGGUUACCCUCGGCAGCUGCCAGGCUCCCAGCGCUACGCGGUCAUAAGAGCGGCGGAAAUGCACCAGUUGAAGGACGGCAGCCGUGGGGAGGCGAGCAACUCGGACUUUGGGAAAACCAUCAGAGACCUGCCUCUCUCCAUCUGGCUCCUCCUGAAGAACCCCACGUUCAUCCUGCUCUGCCUGGCUGGGGCCACUGAGGCCACACUCAUCACCGGCAUGUCCACGUUCAGCCCCAAGUUCUUGGAGUCCCAGUUCAGCCUGAGUGCCUCAGAAGCUGCCACCUUGUUUGGGUACCUGGUGGUGCCAGCGGGCGGUGGCGGCACCUUCCUGGGCGGCUUCUUUGUGAACAAGCUCAGGCUCCGGGGCUCCGCGGUCAUCAAGUUCUGUCUGUUCUGCACCGUUGUCAGCCUGCUGGGCAUCCUCGUCUUCUCCCUGCACUGCCCCAGCGUGCCCAUGGCGGGCGUCACAGCCAGCUACGGUGGGAGCCUCCUGCCUGAAGGCCACCUGAACCUAACGGCUUCCUGCAACGCUGCCUGUGGCUGCCAGCCAGAGCACUACAGCCCCGUGUGCGGCUCGGACGGCCUCAUGUACUUCUCACUGUGCCAUGCGGGGUGCCCUGCGGCCACCGAGACGAAUGUGGACGGCCAGAAGGUGUACCGAGACUGUAGCUGUGUCCCUCAGAAUCUUUCCUCUGGUUUUGGCCAUGCCACUGCAGGGAAAUGCACUUCAACUUGUCAGAGAAAGCCCCUCCUUCUGGUUUUCAUAUUCGUUGUAAUUUUCUUUACAUUCCUCAGCAGCAUUCCUGCACUAACGGCAACUCUACGAUGUGUCCGUGACCCUCAGAGAUCCUUUGCCCUGGGAAUCCAGUGGAUUGUAGUUAGAAUACUAGGGGGCAUCCCGGGGCCCAUCGCCUUCGGCUGGGUGAUCGACAAGGCCUGUCUGCUGUGGCAGGACCAGUGUGGCCAGCAGGGCUCCUGCUUGGUGUACCAGAACUCAGCCAUGAGCCACUACAUACUCAUCAUGGGGCUCCUGUACAAGGCUCAGGGCCAUCAGCCAGGCUGACACUCCAGGAGGCACAGUGGGUGUUUCUGGCCCACGCCCAGCAUGGAAAUCAUAGUGGUGCACGUGUACUCUGUGUGGGCACUGCGGCAGCAUCCGUGCUUGGACCGCACCGCCUCUGGGGCCCACGCGGGAUUCCUGCUACAUCGUCUCCUAGCCCUGCAAAGUUGGUGCGGCCCCUCAUUGUUGACAAAGAAACCAAGACCCUGAAGCUUAAGAACUGCCCAUGAUGGCGGCACCGGGGCUCGAACCCCGGCUGUGGUGGUGACCGGCGACUGGCUCUGUGUGAGGUUCCUGUGGCCGCCACGACAAAGGACCGCAAACAGGGUGGCCUAACGUAGCAGAACCAGAUUCACUUACAGAUCUGACGCCAGAAGUCAGAAUCAAGGCGGGGGCAGGGCUGUCUGCAGCUGCACGUGGCCUUUCCCUCUGUCCCUGCCUCAAGUCUUCCUCUCCUUUCUCUCAUGAGGACACCAGUCAUUGGAUUUGGGGCCCACCUUAGAUCCAGGAUGAUCUCAUCUCAAAUCCUUCAUUACAUCUGCAAAGACCCUGUUUCCAAAAAAGGUCCCAUUCACAGGUGUCUGGCAAUGUCCAGUCCAUGACAAGCCCCCCAGUCCUGUGCCUCUGUUUUUAGUCAAAGGGUCUGUUUCAUUCCCUCUUUGACAGUAUUGGUGUCUGCUCUACAAACUGGUUAUUUGGGAAAGAUACCCUCUCAGGGCAGGAUGGGUUUCCAUGGACCUGGCGAGGGUGCUGCAGGCUGGGGCAGGGACAGGACUGGGACAGGCCCACCAGUGUCCAAAGGCUCUGGCCGGGCUCCCCACGAGGUCCGGUGGGCUCCUGUCUCCCCAGGUGCUGGGCGUCCUCUUCUUUGCCGUAGCCUGCUUCUUAUACAAGCCCCUGUUGGAGUCUUCAGAUGGUCUGGAAGCUUGUCUGCCCAGCCAGUCCUCGGCCCCUGACAGUGCCACAGAGAGCCAGCUCCAGAGCAGCGUCUGACCACCUCCCACGCCCACCCGGCCACGGCGGGCACUCGGCAUUUCCUGAUGACAGAACAGUGCCCUUGGGUGAUGCAAUCACAUGGAAACUUCUGUUUGACCUGCAACCUUCUACUUAACCUGUGGUUUAAAGUCGGCUGUGACCUCCUGUCCCCAGAGCUGUACGGCCCUGCAGUGGGUGGGAGGAACUUGCAUAAAUAUAUAUUUAUGGACAUGUAUUUUGCAUCAGAACAUAUUUAUAGAAUGUGUUUUAUACCCGAUCGUCUGUGGUGUGCCUGAGGGCAAGCUCUGCAGCCCGAGGAAAGCUUGUGUGUCCUCAAUUAAAACUGUGCAUAUCGAAAUAUAUUUUGUUAUUUAA